AUGGAUUUAAAACUCUUGCUGCACAACGUAUGGACCAAGCUGCUUGGGUUCAAAGAUAUUGUCAAUGAGUCAAAAUCAGCGCAAACGCUGCUUGUCGCGAGAUUUCUGCUAUCCAUGGCGGGUAUUUUGUAUCGGACUCAUUUCUCAGUGCUACUAGAGGAUAAGUUUGGAAUGGAUUCAAAGGACCGUGGAUUUAUAUUGAGCUACAUGGGGUUACUAGGCUUCAUUGGCAGUUUUUCCGUUGGGUUUGUCAACAAGGUCAUGAAGUCCGAGAAGUUGGUGCUGCAACUGUCGGCUAUUAUCUACGUGAUGACAUUUGUUUCGCUUUCGAGUGCUACAACGAUCAGGACUGUUUACUCGAUACUCGUACCUCAAGUGAUUUCAAUCAGUAUCGUUCGCGCAAAUUCAUUGGCGCUACAUACUACGCUUGUUUCAGAAGAACACACUGGUGCCUUCAUGGGUAUCUCAUCCUCCUUGACGUCUAUCUCCAGAACUCUUGGUCCAAUUUUGUCAGGAUGGACAUACGUCGCUUCAAUAGAUGGACCAGCUUACUGCGCAGCAUGCCUUGCUGCAGUAAGUGCUGGGCUUUUCUGCUUUUCGCAUCACUUUGCUGAAGUGGGCAAUUCACAUAGUAUUCAUGUUGAGGGCAAGGAUAUCAGGAGAUUGACGACCAAGAAGAAAACCAUUGAGUAG